AUGCUCAGCCGGGCCGCGGCUUUGGCGCUUUGCGCCCUGCUGGUUUGCCUGGCCGCCCGGGCACCACCUGCCCGCGCCCAGAAGGGCAAGGGCAAGGACGAGGCCUACGUGGCGCCCGUGUUCAAGGACGACCCCCAUGUCGGCAAGCUUUCCAAGGGCAAGCCCGUCGACGGCACGCUCGCCCUGGGCCAGCUCCAGCUGCUGGGCUUCUCCGUGCCCAAGAGGGACGGCCUGGGCUUCCCGGACAUCCUGCUGAGCCUGGAGGCCAGCGCGGGCGGCGACGCCGACGUGUACUGCCUCCCCCUGGUGGUCACGCCCGACAACCGCUUCGCGGUGCCCAACCGCGCCAACGCGGUCUGGCGGUCCGUGCACACCGUGGGCACGGACUACCUCUUCGUGUCCCGCAACCACAGCCAGAUCCUGGAUGGCGUGACCAAGGUGACGGAGGGAGGGAACGUGACCGAGGUCACGAGCUUCGUGUGCUCCGUGGUGGGGCUGUCAACGCUGCCCGUGGACUUCAGGGUGGAGCUGGAUGUGGACUACGAGUCCAGGGCGCUGGUGCCGGCGGAGACGGCGGCGGUGGAGGCGAUCAUGGCCAAGUGCUGCAGCGGGGAGAGGGGCUGCAGCGGCUGGCAGCACGCAGAGCGCAGCCUGGCGGGGUCGAACACCACGGACGCGGAGCUGCCGGUGGACCUGUGUCACGUGCAUGGAAACGUGUGCGACGGGGCCGGGCGCCUGAAGCGGCUGCACAUGGUGGCGUACGGCCUGGAGUGCGAGUUCCCGGCGGAGGAGAUGGCGGCGUUCACCAGGCUGGAGAAGCUGUCCGCGGGCGGCAACCGAUUCACGGGGGACAUUGGGAAGAUCGCCGAGCAGCUCGUGGGUUUGAAGAAGCUGGAAGAACUGAGCAUUGCUGUCAGUGCCAUCAAUGGAACAAUCGAUGACGAAAACAUUUGCAGACUUGCACAGAACAAUCUGCAGCUUUUGAACUUGGAGUUCAACAGGAUCACGGGACAAUUGCCAGCCUGCCUGUUCAAUGAGUCCAGCAAGCUCAGUGAGCUCCACCUGGACUCCAACCCCCUGUCCUCAACGAUACCUGAUGUGUUUCCACAGGACUCUAAUAUGCAGCAUCUGAGUUUGGUGGGCACCCAGCUCUCUGGAGGUCUCCCAGAUUCUAUGAAGCAGCUCACCCAGCUCCGAACCCUUGACCUUGGCUUCAACAAUCUGACUGGCGAAAUUCCUGAAGAGAUUGGGACAUCUGAAAGUCUUGUCAGCGUGAGAAUGGAAUCCAACAAGCUGGUGGGGAAAGUGCCAUCAUCCUUUGCCAAGUCGACCAGUCUCAUUGUGCUGACAUUGAACAACAAUUCAUUCACUGAGCUUCCUCAGGAGUGGACAGAAGGAGCACCCAAGGGCAAUAGGAUGAUUGAGGUGACUGUUCGGAACAACAAAUUGAAAGGAACGUUUCCGACCGCUCUUGCCUCGCAACCUAGUCUGGCCAUCCUGGAUCUGAGUGGCAAUAUGCUGGAUGGACGGUUGGCAGGGGGUGAAGGCCUGUUUAGCCGGACGUGGCUCAUCAACCUCAGUGGCAACAAAUUCUCUGGAUCGAUCCCUGAGAGCUGGGACAACGCCGGUUUGUUCAACGAGUCAGUCUUGAAUGGGCUGAGGAGCUUUCCUGUGUUGGAUUUGAGUGACAAUGAAUUGUCUGGGAAUGUGCCUGACUACAUGCUGAACGUCACAGAAUUGCCAUUUCAGAUUAUUGCUGCUCAGGCGAUCUCCCUUGGGGGAAACGACCUCGAGUGCCCCGAGGGGGACCCAGAGCAGUACCAGCAUAUCAAGGGACUCGUAGAGCAAUGUGCUUAG